GUUUGCCUUUUCGAGCAGUCGCGAAUCCACAGCCGCCGUGGCUCCACGUCCGAAUACUAGUGAUACUUGUACCGGCACCGGAACUAAAUACUAGUGAAAUACUUUAUAAAAUACUCUGUUGUUUAGUGAAGUUCGUGAAAAGGAGUAUUUUAGUGACUGUGGAAAAAAUGAAUAUAAUAUGGUGCGUGGUGGGGCUGCUGGCGGCGCUCUCGUCGCCGGCCAGCGGGCACGGGCGGCUCACCGAGCCCCCCUCGCGCGCCACGGCCUGGCGCUUCGGCUUCGACACCCCCCACAACUACAACGACCACGAGCUCUACUGCGGCGGGUUCACGCGCCAGUGGAAGAAGAACGACGGCAAGUGCGGCGUCUGCGGCGACGCCUGGGACGCGCCCGUGCCCCGCGCGCACGAGCUCGGCGGACGCUUCGGCAAAGGCGUCAUCGUACGCAGAUACGCCCCGCAAGACCCCAUCACUAUCAAAGUCGAACUCACUGCCAACCACAACGGCUUCUUCGAAUUCAGAGUCUGCGACGAACCAAAAACCACCACCCAGGAAUGCUUAGACAAAAACGUUCUGAAUAUCGACGGCAGAGACGGCACCAAAUACUACCCGCGCGACGGGAAUAAAGUUUACGAGAUGAAAUACCGGCUGCCGGAGGGCUUGGAAUGCGCGCACUGCGUGCUGCAGUGGCGGUACAUAGCCGGAAAUAACUGGGGCACCUGCGAGAACGGGACCGGGGCAGUGGGUUGCGGGCCGCAGGAGGAAUUCAGAGCGUGCGCGGACAUCGCUAUCGGAGAUAAGUUUGCGACCACUACGAGGAGGCCGAGACCGAGCUACGUGCCGCCGAACAGACGGCCAACCGUACCGACGCCAGAAGAAAGCACGUCGAGCAGCGCGUGGUACGGUGUCGUCGUGGCUGUGGUCGCGCUGCUUGUGGCAGUGUCGGUCCUCGCCGGCUUCUACCUGUACUACUACAGAGGAGGCAUGAGGAUCAAGAGCCUGUUGAAGAAAACCCCUCCCCCCGCGCCUGUCCCGCCGCCCCGACACAAGCGGUCCUCCCUGUCGAGAGAGCACCCACCAGAACUGACCACGCCUAAAGUAGCCACGAUCUCCGACUCGGGCUUCGAGACAGUAGAUCUCAGAGCGAAGUAGACUUACAAGUAUUACCUAACACUGCCUUUAAUAGUGAUAUUUUUAGUGUGAGUGACUGUGUGAAUAAGACAAUGGUUCAAAGUGAAUCUGUGAAGAAAUGAGAUUUUGAUACAAUUCUGAUCACUGUCGUGGUUUCCAUGUUUACGUGGAAAUCUGAUGAUUUUUACCGGUUUUGUUACAAAUUGACCAAAAAUACGCCAAUAAUAUGCCAUAUGACCUAAUAUACCUACAUAUGACUGUAUUUCCGCUGCGUAAUAAUUACCUUUACUCUUAGUUUAAAUAGGGUUUAAGCAGAGUAAUUAAAAGAGACUGAAAGGGUCUAAUCACUAAACUUUCAUUAAUUUGGUCGCAUUUCUGGUCAGUUUGAACCGGUAAUUGUAGUGUUUGGUUUUGGACUGACGCUGACGCCAUGGCAAAGGCUUAUAAAUUCACUCGAUACUCACAUACCUACACAUCGAAGCAGCUCUGCUACUCGUUAUAAGAAAUUUACUUUUUAAUAGGUAUUUUUUGCAAACAAUUAAGUUACUAAGUUGCACGUAGGUACGUACUUAUAUGGACCAUGCAGACAAGUUCAUAAUUACUUCGCUCUUUUUAUUUGUUAUUGGUCAACUCGUUUUGCUUGCCUCUAAUUGUAUCAUAGACAUUAAAUUUACAUUCUUAUUGUCUAAGAAUUAAAGUCUGAAGCCAAUAAUCGAUAAGUUAAUAAGAAUGACUAAGGUAUACUAAAAUGCCCGAGCGAGUAUAAAAAGUUGCAUAUAAAAACUGUGCCGAAAAUAACAGCCGCCCUUGCAUAUGUCGACGGCGGCCGAUUGUAAGAUCCGGCAGGGUGUGAAAUUCCUAGGCAUAUCGAGAAAAGUGAAGUUCAGUUAUUAGCUUAGCGUGUCUACGAAGCCUCGCUGCGCGGGAUUCCUAUUCCAUUGGAGCAUCGGAAGCAUCCACAAGCAUCCGAAAGACGGCCACUAACGAUCAAUCCCGAUGGAAACA